UCGACUUCAUAAUCCAUUGUUCAAAAUGAACCGUCAUCAAAUAAUUUGUUUGUGUGCAAGUUUCAUUGUUUACAUUUACAAGGUGGAAGCUAUACCACAAAGAGACUAUGGAGCACGUAUAAUCGGUGGUCAAGUUGCAUAUGCUGGCCAGUUUCCUUUUGCUGCAGCUGUUCAUGUUCAAACCACUGACAGCAAGUUCUUUUGUGGAGGAGCACUGACUGGCAACGACUGGGUUAUCACAGCAGGACACUGCGUCUAUAAUGCCGUCCUAUUUACUAUGCAACUUGGUUCAAACCAUUUAGAAUCGGAUGACCCUGGUCGUAUGACGAUAGCUACAUCUACCUAUAUUUUGCAUCCCGAUUUUAACCCAGACACUAUCGAAAAUGAUAUCGGAUUAAUUAAAUUUCGGAGACCUGUUGACUACAAUAUAUAUCUGGGACCCGUUUAUCCACCGGAAUUUAGUUUACAAGAUGGUGCUUCAGUGUAUGCACUGGGUUGGGGACAAACUAGUGACACUGAUCCAGAAUUAAGUAACGAAUUACGAUUUUUAUUAAUUAAGACCAUCAGUAAUGCAGAAUGUCGAAUGAUCUAUGGUGAUCAAAUUACUGACAAUAUGGUUUGCGCUAUUGGCAAUUACAACGAAGGAACUUGUAUCGGUGACAAUGGAGGUCCACUGGUUGCAGGUUAUGGAAAAUAUUAUGCUCUCGUUGGCGUUGCCAGUUUUGUUAAUGCGAACGGUUGCGAAAGUUUGAAUCCUUCUGGUUACACAAGAACGUAUCCUUACUUGGAAUGGAUACAAAAUAACACACGACAGGACGCAUAUUUUUAAAUAAUGUGUAUAACACGGAGAAAUAAAUGCAGAAACACGUAACUUAUAAA